AUGCCAGAACUCAACGUGGGGAUAUGUGGCGCCGGCAUCGGUGGCCUGGCAGCAGCAAUCGCCAUGAGAAAGGCGGGCGCGAAAGUGACCGUCUUGGAAGCCGCGCUUGAACUGGGUGAAAUUGGUGCUGGCAUCCAGAUGACCCCCAACGUCGCCAGACUUCUGAUGAAGUGGGGAGUGGACAAGGUCAUUGGUGACAACUUGGUCGAGUUCGAGGAAUUGAACAUGAGACGAAAAGAUGGGACGAAGGUCGGCUAUACCAAGACUAUACCUAACGUUCGCAAUAUUUCUUUUACUUACCUAUGGUCAGUGCAUCGGAUGCAUCUUCAUUCUGGUUUGGUCGAGGUGGCUCGGCGAGAAGGUGCAGACCUGGUCAUCGAUGCUCGGGUGGUAAAGAUCGACUGGACCUCAAGUCCUUCCGGUCAAGUCUCCGUCACAACCGAGAAAGGCAAAACCUGGACAUUCGACCUCCUAGUCGGUGCCGAUGGGGUCCGCUCCUCCGUGCGAAAAGCAAUCAUGCCUCAUGUGAAGCCGAGGCCUCCGACCGGAAAUUGUGCGUAUCGAGCACUCGUCCCUUACGAUCAGAUCCGGAAGGACCCCGUCGCCAAAGAGCUUGUUGAAAAGCUGACCAUGGAGGUCUGGAUGGCUGACAAGUCAUACAUCAUCUCUUAUCCCAUCUCAGGCGGAAAGCUGUUCAACAUGGUCCUCAGCCAUCACGUGGACCAUCUCGUUGACGACGUGCAGGAUAUUGAUAUGGAAAAGGACUUCCGACAGACAUACGAGGACUACGACCCGCGUAUCAAGCGUAUUGUUGAUAUGGUGACGUCGGCAAGAAGAUGGCCGCUGUUAGUCACCGGGCCUUUGGAGACGUGGUCGACCAAGGAGAAGAACAUCGUGUUAAUGGGUGAUGCUGCUCAUUCGAUGACAAACCACAUGGCUCAAGGAGCAGCAACAUCGAUGGAAGACGGCGCGUUCCUUGCCCGGACCCUGGCAAAGGUAGUGGAAGGGCGGAUCAACCUCGCGCAGGCAAUUGAGGUAUAUGAGAGGUCCCGGAUGCCCAGAGCGUACUACAAGCAGCAGGUGUCUUUCCUCAACGGAGCCAUAUGGCAGGUCGCGGAUGGGCCGGUUCAGGAGGCACGAGACAAAGCAAUGGCAAUGGAACUGAAGGAGGAACAAUACGUCCGCUCACCCAACCUCUACGGAGACCCGGUAACCACAUUGGAGGUGUACAACUACGAUGCGGAAGCAGACGCCGAGCUUGCUAUCCAGACGUAUCUGAACAUGCAUGAGCCGUAUGACCCCAACUCUGGAGUAACUGAUCGCGAAUUGGAGCGGUUUGUGGGCUGGUGGUAUCCGAAGCAGAAGCGGCCCAUCAAUGCUUCCAAGCUAUGA